AUGGGCUUCCGGAGCCAACGCUUCCGACGCUCCAAGUCCGGACUCCACGUCCACUGUGAGUCCUGCUACAGCCGGCGCUGCAGGACCCGAGUGGAGGUCUCUGUGUCCUGUGCGGUCGUACCGUGCCGCCUGCUGUGCGGUGCCGUCUUCCACCUGUGCAAAGAGGAGGAGCACCUGCUGCUCUGCCCCAACGUGAGGGUCCCCUGCCUCAAUGCCGAGUACGGCUGCCCGCUCACCAUGACCCGCUCCUGUCGGGGGGCACACCUGCAGGCCUGCCCGGCCAGCGUGGUCUGCUGCUCCAUGGAGUGGAACCGCUGGCCGGCGGAGGACGCGCAUGCCCAUCCGAACACGGAGCUGCACGAGAACUUGCUGAAGGACAACGGAGGAGAGCGGCCAGCAUCCCUGGACCUGGCCAUGGCUCUGAAGGACCAGGACUGCCUGUUUCGUUCCCUGAAGAUGAGGAAGCUCUUCCCCGAGCUGAUCCAGAGCACCGAUGAGGAGGAGAGGAAAGAAGAGGAGAAGAGGAAGCAAAAAGACGAGAGGAGGAGGGCUGCCCUGCAGAAGGAGGCAGCAGAGGAAGGGGCAUGUGGACACACCUGGCAGCCAAUGAGCUGGGUCAACAUCUGUCCCGUCAACGAAGCUGAACCCAAAGCCCAAGAGGAGGAGUGGGAGCCCGAGCCCGAGCCCGAGUUGACCCAGGAGGAGAGAGAGGCCCUCGCUAGGUCCUCCGAGGUGAACGUUGAUCUCUAUAGCGCCUGGGAGCACAUGUUCAGCAUGGAGAUGGGUGGGUGCAGGGAGGCCGGCGUGCAGAGCAGCGUAGGCAGGUCGGGGAAAAGAAAGGGGCUGGCCACUCUGGCAGAAGAAGACACAGAGCCAACAGAUUGUAGCUCGGGUGCCACAGCAAGAGACACGUGUGUUGAUCCACACAGACAAGCCCGUAGCAUGGGAACAGUCACCGACACCGCCUCCUCUUCCUCCUCCUCUUGUUCGAUCAUCAGCCGGAAGAGGGACUUUGUGUAUGGACACGUGGAACCAAUGAAGAUCAUUUCUGUGCGUACGUUUAAAAUCCCAACCAGUUUCAUGGCCAAGCAAGUCCGCAUCCGCAACCCUGGUUUCUAUAAGAGAGAGAGCCGUGGUGUUGACACCAGCGACCUGGGGGUGGUGCCAGAGGACAUGCCCGUCUGGGAAGAAGUUCAGGCCUCCCUGCUCUGCUCGCUGGAGAAGGAGCAGAGGGGUCACCUCAUUGCUGAGGGCACCAGCAUCGAUGCUCUGUUGCAAGAUGAAGGCACACAGACCUACAGUUUCUUAUCGGCGCCGUUCCACCGCGACAUGUCCCUGGCGCACCUGACGGCGGACAAGCCCCUCGAGCUCCACCUUCAGCUGCAGGCGGAGAGCGUCACCUCUCGACACCACAAGGCCAGCUCGGCCUUCACCUUCCUGUGUGGGCAUACUUUCCAGCGCCGAGAGUACACCAAACACUUCAGGAAUGUUCACAGUGACAUCCAGAUGUGUGCGAGUGGCUGGUUUGAACAGAGGUGCCCCCUCGCCUACCUGGGCUGCACUUUUAGCCAGAGGAGAUUCCAGCCCUCUACACACGAGGCCACCGUCACCUACAACCAGGAGCUGGGUAGUUUCAACCUGCGUCCUACGCUCCCCGUGUCUCUGGAGGAGGCCUCUUUACCUCCUCGGAGCUCCACAGGGAAGAGAGGAGGGACGGGAGGAGGUGGAGGAGGACGGGGAGAGAGAUCUCUGAGUGCCCUGCCCUACGAGGUGCUGUGUCACGUGGCCAGUUUCUUAGACAGCCUGUCCCUGUCCCAGCUGGCCCUGGUGUCCCGCCUCAUGAGGGACGUGUGCUCCUCCCUGCUGCAGGAGAGAGGGAUGGUCACCCUCAGGUGGGAGAGGGAGUCCUACUCGCAUGACGGAGCCAAGUGGAGGGCAAAGCAGAAGGUAUGGCAGUUUAGCACCCUGUUCUCCCCAGUGGACAGCUGGUGUUUGCGGGACAUCCCGUCCAUGUCCGAGCAUCUUAAAGUGUGUCCCUACUACCAGAGAGAGUUGAGAAGCGAGCGCAUCCCCCUGCCACGGAUCAGAGAAGGCAUUCAUGCCAACAUAAACUGCAAAGGCGCCACACUCGUCGGUUUGUUCCAGAGGGAGAAGAUUAUGAUGUAG